AAGCCUAGUAAAAGCUACUGCCUUAAGCUCAUCUCCUCAUUUGACUCCCCGCUUCACACGUUUUUAAUCAAAUCAGACAGUUUGGCAUUUACUUUCAUGACGUUAAACUGACGCAUUAACACAGCUGUUUGUCACGGUAAUUGGUAGAACAGAAAAAAAAAAAUCAAUAAAAUGACCUAGGAGCUUGCCAAACUGUGCAAGAAGACUUGUUUAUAUCUGUAGUCUUUCCAAUAAAAGCCGUAGAGAACUGAAAACUGACUGGAACAAAUUUAUUUGAGCAGCAUUGCCCAUGAGCAACCAGUCACGAGUGAGGUGUUCACAUGUCCAGCUCAUCAAUGACAAAGUCCAUUGUUGGCUUUUAACGCAGCCCAGUGUUGUGGUUUCUAGCAGAAUAAACUUCCUGUCUUCUUCUUCACAUGUGACUUUGUAAAUGUGCAGAAGCUGAGCUACAUGUCAGUGCUUUAAUGGUAACUGAGUGUUGGGUCUGAGCUCUACCUCAUGAGCUGGACACCAAAUAUGUUGGAUUUCGGUUGUCUAUCAAUUUAUUGGCUAUCAUACAUUUAAAAAAUAUUAAAAAUAUUAAUAUUAAAUAACUUUAAAAAUGAAUUAAAGUCCUCGGGGCACCAGCCUAAACUAAUAGGCGAAAUAGCCAAUAUGGUUUCAGUCUCAAUUUAUUACCAUUAAUCUGGAACUCUGAUUAACCAUUAGCUUACUAACUAUAACCAAAUUACCAAAUCAACAGUAAGUUAGAGUUGAAGGAUUGGAAUUCUACCAAGUAGAGGUUGGCAAUAUUCACGCUUGUGCAACAUUAAACACACCAGUAGUUACUUAAAGGCAUUUAUUUACAAUGGAGCAGAGUAAAACACAAUGGCUUAUCUAGUAUAUACAGGUAUGUGUAGGGGUAUGUGUGUGUGUCUGUGGGGACACAAACAAAGGCAAGAUGGCGAUUCAAAGUGAUCACUGUGGCCGGCGAGGGAGCUGGUGUCUCAGGUAGCAGAGCUGACCUGGGCUGGGGCCUUGUUGCCCUUUGAGGAGCCGAGAGGUGAGAGCAGGAGCUGCUUUCCAGAGCAAGCUGAGAAGAGAGAGAGAAGAGAGGGCAAGAGGUCUGGUUUUGUUUGGUGACACCCUUGGGGGUCACAUGUCACACGCUGACCCACACUGGCUGGCCAGUAAGGUCCGUGGGGGGAAGGGUCGUCCCCAGGUGUGAACAGUGAGGAACUGUGGAGUGUGAGUUCCUUUGUCCAGUGGAGCAAAGAAACAUCUGGUCUCUUGAAUGAUGAGUCCCAACACAGUGAUUCAAAAGGAAAUGCCUUUAUAUUUGAGAAGCAUCUUAUUUGAGAUUUUCUGUGGGUGUGUUAUUGUAAUCAAAGACAAUUCUGUCAUCCUUAGUCAGUCCAACAUGUCAUUAUAGUUUUCAUCAGGGAUUGUACAGAACACAAAACACUGCACAUUUUGCAUUACACAGACAGAACAAUUAAACUCAUACAAUCUGUCAACUCUUAGUAUGCAAAAUCUUAACCAAUGGCUUUCAUUCUGUAAAACCACUACAAGAGUGGAAGUUACAUUUUGUGGCAAGCUUUUAAUGUGCGACCUGUAUGAGAGUCAGAGCCUGCAGUUAUUCUUACACUAAACUCCUCAUUAUGAGGAAAUGCACAAUCAAAUAGUAGAGCUGAAUUUUUCUCAGUCAUUUCCUCCAUCAGCAGAAAACCAAUUAUUUAACAAGCUGGUAGAAAUAACAUUUAGAACCACCUAUAAAUAAGCAGCUACAAGCUUCGUUUUCUACAUAAAGAAGUGCAGUAAUCAUGUCACAAAACCUUACUACUUAUUAAUCCUAAACAAAGAUACCAGCCUUAUUUUACAAUUCAAUAUCAAUUUCUGUGCAGUGGAAAGAAGUGAUGGGAUAUUUGUACGUCCAAUCCAACUGAGAAUGAUGUUCUGGAUUCACUUACUCAAGAGAGCGGUGUACUGUUGCUCUCUUUGAGACAAUGAAAUCCAGAACAGAUGAUUUCAAUCAAGGACACUUGUUUGUGUUUGUGGACUAUUUGAGGUAACUUGGAAUUUACAGAGUAAUCAGUGCUGUUACACAAGUGCUUUUUAUGAUGUGAGCCACAAAGCUCCUGAUAACCACUGUACCUCAACACCUUAUCGCACUGUAAUGUGGCUUGUUUAUAUACGCCUCCUCAUUUUCUGUGUUUCUGUCAUCAUCCUAUAAAACAGAUCCCAACCUGUUAUGGUCAUGGUUUGGAAACCGUGGCUUAAAUACAAGUACAACACACACAAUGUAACAAUGAUUUAAGAAAUUGAGCAAGCAGUUAGUAAAAUAUAACAAACCUCACAGCUGCAGGUGAACGCAGAGGACGGACAAAAAACACAAAAAGGUGGCAUGAAGAUGAAAGGAGUACAUAUGUUCCAGGUACUUUUCCUCAAUGUUACCGACUGGCUCAAGGGCCAGCAACAAAGAGGGAGGCCACACACUUCAAUCAAGAAACGAUUUAUUUAACUCAAAUGAAUAAACAAAGUAACCAACCAAAUGGGGUGUAUGAGUAAGAAAGUCUUCAGUCAUGUCAGAGGUAUGUCGAUGAGUGAAAAUAUGGUGUAAUGUAUGUUGUAAGAUGCAACAAACCAAACAAAGAGAAACAGGCUGUAGUGGCCAGCUGAGAGAGACAGAGACUACCUGAGGGGCGCGGACCUUUAUGCCUAUAUCUAAAUGACCUGCAACACCAUCAUGAGCAAUCUGAAGGACAGUUUGACGCAAUGAAAAAGGCAAAACUAUUUGCACAACCUCAUGCCAUAAAAAACAGUCCCCCUGGGGAACCCAUUUUCUCACCAACAGGUCGUCUUGGAGAAAGUAACCAUGGACUGCACUCUCCGCCUCGCCCUCUGGUAAAACCUGGCUAUACAGUGCCAGAAGAGUGGGAUCAGCUUUUUGCUCUUUCACAAGAUCACUGCAAGGCAAAGGAAAAGCAGGAACAGGAAACACAGACUCUCUUAUUUGAACUGUCAAAACGUGGACUACCACCAACACUGCAUUAAAACCUUCUCCCUGAGACGUUGGGGCAUCCAUAGGUGCAUAUACAGCAGGCCACACUCGAUCACCAGCCAGGUCAUUUCCUAAGAUGACCGGUACGCCCCCCAUAGGCAAAGAAGGGCGGACUCCCAUGGCCACAUUACCCUAUACCAGAUAUGAAAAAGUCAGUUUAUGCUGGGGAACUGAGAAAACAGUCAAACCCAUUCCCCGAACAUCAACACAGGAACCAGUGUCUGUCUCUGGAGAAAAGGGUAACACAGAGUCCACAAUAAAUCAGUUCAUUGUCCCUGAAUCCCUUAAAAUCUUCACAGGCACUUUCCUACCACUCCCAACCCAUGAGACAUAACCAUCCGACACAAAUGCAGCAUAACCAGGGUCAAUCUCAUCCUUAGCUGAAAAAUUUGUCCGUCCCUGUUUCACAACUGGAACCUCAAACACCAACUCUGAGGAAAAAGGCUUUGUGCCUGCAGAGCAGCAAUGGCACGGCCUCUUUCCUUUGCACGAAAACACACAGCAGCCCCAGAGGGUUUUGCGGGUACAUAGCCAGUCAAUUCUUUCUUCAAUACUGGACACUCAUUUCUCCAGUGUCCCUUACCAAAGCAAUAGUUACAAACACGGUUAGGGUCCAACUUACCCCAUAAACUGUAACCUGCUUUAGCUGAAAACUUAUCUGUCCCUUCCAACAAAGACUUGGUGGGAAAAGCUCCCACAAUGCUCUCCCUGCUGCCACCAUCUUCACGACCCCGGCUCUCACCAAAAAAACUUUUAUGGGUCAAGAAAAACUCAUCGGGCAGUUUGGCAGCAUUAGAAACCUUGCUUACUUUCUGUUCAUUGAUGUAAGUAACAACACGAUCAAGUACAGUAUUGUUAAACUGCUCAAGCUAAAUUAGUUACUGCAAUUCUCCUAAGGUUUUGACCUCAGAAGCAACACACCAACGGCUGAAAUGAGUGGAUAAAUCACGAGCAAAUUCCAUGUAGAACUGCUUCUCUUUUCCUAAGAAAUCUGAACCGCUGACGAUAUGCUUCAGGUACCAGUUCAUAUGCCUUAAGUACAGCAGCUUUAACCAACUGAUAGCUACCACUACCCGUAGCACUCAAGACUGAAAAAGCUUCCUGAGCUUUAUCAGUGAACACACAUUGGAGCAGUAGGGUACGCUCAGCAUCAGACCAGUUUCGAGCAUCAACUAAACACUAUAAUCAAUCCACCACAAAUAGGCCAAGACUACAAACCAAGACAAAAUUUUCCACCACUACACAACAGGGUUAACAGGCUGCUUUAAAUAUGGAACCCUAUCCCUCUAGCUAACUGCCUAACCAAUACUAGCUCACUCACUCAACCCUAGUCUUCAUGCAGGUCAGCAGCAGAAUGGAUUAAACACAAAGCCCAGCAACCCGGUUAACUUUCAGCAUUCUGAAAAUCACCUAGACAGUCCUGGACGAGCCCCCAUUUGUUACUGACUGGCUCAGCGACUACCUGAGGGGCGGACCUUUAUGUCUUUUGGGAGGCCCUACCCAAAUGGGCAGGUAUUAACUAGCCACCCUCCCAGCUCCACCUUCCAGCCAACUUCCAGAACUACUUGUAUAUCCCUUUCUUCAAUGGAUGCGGCCCCUGAAUUGGGAUGAAGGCACAGAGAGAGAGAGGGAGAAGAAGCUCCCAACUAGGAGGCUGAGACAGAGGGACUGACAACAGAUUAUUAAUUUGAGAGUAUGGGUCUGUGAUUUGUGUGCACAAUUGGUUUUUGGUUGAUGAAAACCACUGACACCUGCCAGACUCUAUAAGAAGUGUUGUGUAGCUCCGACACUCAGACCACCGUCCAUAUGACAGGCAUGAGGUGCUACCAGCAUCAUGUUAUUCUACUUCACUCUAUUGCAGUGACGGCUAAAGGAAGUCUUUCAGUGCAAAGGUCCUAAUUUUUCAUAAUUGGAAACAUAAACAGAUCUUAUCAAGUGAAGCUCUUUGUAAUAGUUCCAAGCUCAAGGUUGUUGAUGAUACCUGACAUUCAGCAAAUUCCCAGUUACUGGAAGCAAGGUAUGAGUCAACAUCAUCUCCACAUCAUUAACAAUCCAUUACUGGCUGCAGAUUACCUUAAUACUUUCAAAUAAACCAAUAAAUAUCUCCAGGUUUUCAGCUGCUAUUGAUGUUCACAGCAAUCAGACACUCACAAUGACGGUUUAUCUGUGUAUUCUGCUCGGUGUCUGUUGAGUGUAUUUCUGAUGUUAGUCAAUCAUUACCUGCACCGUGCUACCUUUUACGUCGCACGUGUAUCUGGUGGAUUUCUAGAGUUAGAUGGUGUCUGAGGGAUCACCACCUGCAGCCUGACAGACUGAAAACACAGAAACGUGGGGUUAUCUCCUCGGUCUUAACUGUUCUUUACAGUCACUUAUCUGCUGCUCACACCUGGUCCAGAGGUCACUGCUGUGAUUUCUCUGUGAGAGAGUGUGAGACUGACACAUUCAUGGUAGCCAUGGGUUGGGUGAAGGAGUCCCAGAAAAAGAAGAUCAUUAUUGGUAUCUUGGCUGUAUCAAUUGUUACCUUAAUCCUUGGUCUUGGACUCGGUCUUGGAUUGGACUUGAAGAAAUGUCAAAAUAAAGUCAUCCCACACACAUCCUGCAGAAAUCGAUGCUACGAGCCCUAUGAUGACGAGAUCCCUGGCUGCAGAUGUGACGAGAGCUGCAUCGCUAGCAGCAACUGCUGCUAUGACUACCAUGACAUCUGCACCGUUCCAGCUGAGCAGUGGGACUGCACAAAACUCCGUUGUGGAGAGAAGAGGCUUAUGCAGAGCAGAUGUCACUGCUCCGAUGACUGCCUGUCUGCAGGAGACUGCUGCACAAACUACAACAAUGUCUGCCAUGGAGAGAGAGAGUGGGUGGAGGAUGAGUGUGAGGACCUGUCGUCCCCUACAUGUCCAGCAGGCUUUAAGCAGCAGCCGCUACUCCUUAUCUCGCUGGAUGGACUGAGGGCUGAAUACAUGCAGACUUGGAGCACUCUCAUCCCUGUGCUUGACAAACUCAAGACGUGUGGAACCUCUGCUCCGUACAUGCAGGCAGCAUUUCCCAGCAAGACGUUCCCUAACCACUACGCAAUUGUUACGGGUCUCUAUCCAGAGUCAAAUGGUUUGAUUGACAACACCAUGUAUGACCCAGUGUUUGAUGCCACCUUCAGUCUGUCUAGUCCAGAGAAAGAGAACCCUGACUGGUACCUCGGACAACCUAUUUGGCACACAGCAAAGUACCAGGGGCUGAAGUCUGGGACUUUUUUCUGGCCAGGAUCAGAUGUCAAAAUCAAUGGCAGUUUCCCAAACAUCUACCAACCUUACAAUGGUAAAGUGCCAUUCGAAGAAAGAGUAUUCACUGUGCUGAAAUGGUUGCAGUUGCCAGAUGAGGAAAGGCCAGAUUUCUACACAUUGUAUCUGGAGGAGCCUGAUAAAUCUGGACACAAUUUUGGUCCUGUCAGCGGAGGGCUGAUUGAAGCACUCCAGGGUGUGGAUAAGAUCAUUGGUCAGCUCAUGAACGGCCUCAAGCAGAUCGGCCUACACCGUUGUCUCAACAUCAUCAUUGUGGCUGAUCAUGGUAUGGAAGAUACAAGCUGCGACAGGAAGGAGGUGCUUCAGGAGCUGGUGGGAGACAUCAGCAACUACUACGUCACCGAGGGGCCAUUCGGACGGAUCAGAGCUAAAAACAAAGACAAAGUCUUGAACUCAGCUGGACUUGUUGCUAAUAUGACUUGUAAGAAACCAGACCAGAAGAUCAAACCGUACUUGAAGGCCAACCUACCAAAACGUCUUCACUUUGCCAACAGCCGUCGUAUCGAAGACGUCAACAUCCUGGUCGACCCAAAAUGGCUGUUUGAGAGAUAUCCAGGAUCUCUCACCUUCUGCUCUGGUGGAGCUCAUGGCUAUGACAACGAUGCUGAGAGCAUGCAUGCCAUGUUUGUCAGUUAUGGACCCAAAUUUAAGUCCAAAACAGCAAUUGAACCGUUCUCCAACGUCGAGUUAUACAAUCUCAUGUGUGACUUGCUGAAGAUCUCUCCCAGUGAUAACAACGGGACCCAUGGCAGUAUGAACCACGUCCUGAAGCAGGCCUACUACACACCGGUGCCCCCCGCAGAGCAGAGCAUGCCUGCUCUUUGUCAGCUGGUCAGCCUCGACCCUGCAGACAGCCUGGGAUGCUCCUGCCUUGCCCUGAGUGGAAAUGCCAUCAAUAGCCGUCUGAAUCUGACCACAGAAGAGCAGUCCGCAGCAGAGAAGAAGCACAUGCUAUUUGGUCGUCCCCGGAUGCUGCAGCCUGACCAGAGUUACUGCAUCCUCUACCAGGAGGGAUUCAUCAGCGGCUAUAGCUCCAAAGCUCUGAUGCCUCUGUGGAGCUCCUUCACUGUCGACAAACCGAUGAGCUUGGACCCACUAUUUCCAGUAACACCAGACUGUUUGAGGGCUGAUGUCAGACUUCCAGCAUCCAAGAGCCCUAGAUGUGAUCAGUAUGACACAGCUGGGAACCUGACACAUGCCUUCCUCUACCCGCCUAACCUGAAUGCAACAGUGGACCAGCAGUACGAUGCUCUACUGAUGAGUAAUGUGGUGCCAAUGUACCCCGAGUUUAAGAAGAUCUGGUACUACUUCCAUAAAACCCUAUUAAAGAAAUAUGCCUCUGUGUACAACGGCAUAAAUGUGGUGAUUGGCCCCGUCUUUGAUUACAACUAUGACGGCCAUUUCGACACUCCAGAGCAGAUCCAGCAGUUUGUUUCCGGCACCAACAUCUCCAUCCCCACACAUUACUUUGCGGUGCUGACCAGCUGCAGGGACUCGGCCCAAUCAGUGACCACCUGCACGGGCGAGCUGCAGACCGUGUCCUUCCUGCUGCCUCACAGACCCAACAACUCAGAAAGCUGCAAAAGCACAGAAGACGAAUCUCACUGGGUGGAGGAUCACAUGUGGUUCCAUCAAUCACGAGUCAGAGACGUUGAGUGGAUCACGGGACUGGACUUUUACCGAGGCAGCAAUCGACCAAUCCCAGAGCUGCUGAGGGUGAAGACCCGCCCCACAGCCGCCAUUCACAGGAAACGCUGAAAGUAAUCUCCAUUAAAAAAAACAAAUAUACAGUUUAGGAAUAUAUGUGAAAACCAAUAUUUAAAUUCAUGUUCAAUAUUUGUUAAAUUCUUCAUAAUUAGUUUUAAAUUGCAUCAUCCAGCAGGAUAACAUUGUUUAUUUAUUAACUUUUUAGUUUUUAAUCUGAUCAUUUUAUUUUUAUUAUAUAUAUUUUAUUGAAUCUUAUUAUGUUCCUAUUGUCAUGAUUUCUUAAUCUGUUGAUUUUGUAUUAACUCUAUAUUUAAAGGAUUAUUUCAUGCCCCAAAUUAGACGAGACAGAUGGGUUCAUCUCAACGUCUGUUUCAGUUCCUUUAAAUAGAAGAAAAACAAAUCUAUCUUUUCCUUGCAUGCACUUCUCAGUUUGAGAAAAUACUGAAUAUAUUUUGUAUACUGUACCAAGAAUUAGAACAGUGUCCACUAAAUUCAAGAGAUAUUGCUGUAUUGCUGUAUUAUUUCAAAUAUGUUUUUCAUAGCACUGAUGAGCACAAAUGGAACUCCAUUCACUUCCACUGUCUUGGUGGCAGCAGAGGUUUUAGAGCUGGAUGUCUCAUUUAGGAAGUAAAACCGAAACUAAUAUGAAAUACCACUCAUGGUCAGUGACUUUCAAGUGUAUGUUUUUAUCAUGUGGGUAAAAUGACGUCAUGAGGACGCCGUCUGCAAAGGUGUGACCCUUUUGUAGUCAUCUUAGACCAUGAAGAAUGAACCAAAAUGAGACUGUGUCUGGUCUGGUCUGUUAUUUCCUUUAUGUCAUCAGCUGUGUCUGCCCUUAUCAUUGUUCUUGUCACCUAGCAACCUUGACAAUAUGUAAUUUUUUUCACAAAAAGUUGUGAGCUGAAACCCAAUACCUACAUUUAAAAGUGUAAUCCUCAGGCUGUCUGUCGGUGUUGUUUGCUGCCAAAUUAUUUUCAUUACCAGCGCGCAAUGAAUCUUGGGAAAGGUUGGGCUAUGAAGGAUCCACCCAUUGGAUCCUUCGUUGCCCAGGAAAAGAAGGACGCCUCUCUGCCGCCUUUUGAAGGAGCCUUCCAAAUAGAACAGCCUAGUCGUGCUGCUGUGGCGCAAACAGUCCUCAAAUGCAGCCUCUGAAGGAUAUGGCCUCUUUAUUGGAGCACAGUUGUUGAUAUUUGGUUGAAUGUAGGUUUUGACUGUUGAGCAAGAUUAAAUUUUACAACAGCUACUAAUGCCAAUGUCAAUUUGACGUAGAAUACUGAUGACAGCUGACAUUAAUAUUUUGUUCUGUUCUGUUAAUAAGUCACUGAAAUCCAACGUCUUCCAAAUGUGUCCAAACAUCUGCUAAAUAUCCCAGUGUCAGUUACCUAAUGAUGGAUUUUCUGUUCCAACCAAAAUUUAGCAUCUGUCCAGCAUUUGAGUCUUAAGAGUCCAACGUCUUUCUGACGUAACACUGACGUCUGGUGACUGUUGGACUGCAACAGUCAUUGUUUUUGUUAAUUAAAAGACUAUUAUUUUAGCUUCAGGACAAAUUACAAA